UCACGUAUAGGCCACUUUGAUGACCAUAUAGUAUAAUAGUACUAGUCAACAAUCAAUACUAUACUAUAUAGCAAACAAAAUUUGAGUAAUAACAUUGCAAACCAAUGUCGACCUCCUCCAUUAACGGUUGGUGUCUCUCUUCCAUCUCUCCAGCUGCCAACACCUCCGUAAGGAGAGCCGCAUUGCGCCCUUCCGUUUGCGCCGCCCUUGGCACCCCUUCGUCGUCGUCUUCCUCCUCCUCUUUUCCUCCUCUCAUCCAAGACAGGCCUGUUAUUGCUCAACCCAUCAUCACCCCAACUUUGCCCUUGAGAGAAGAGAUGGGAAAGGAGUACGAGGAGGCUAUUGAAGAACUUCAGAGACUCUUGAGGGAGAAGGGUGAGCUGAGGGCUACAGCAGCUGAGAAAGUUGAACAGAUAACAGCUUCAUUGGGAACAUCAUCUUCCGGUGGAAUCGCUGCAUCUGAUGCAGCCUCUGAGAGGAUCAAAGCUGGAUUCAUUCACUUCAAGAAAGAGAAAUAUGACAAGAACCCUGCUUUGUAUGGUGAACUUGCCAAAGGACAAGCCCCCAAGUUCAUGGUGUUUGCUUGCUCUGAUUCAAGAGUGUGCCCAUCUCAUGUGUUAGAUUUCCAGCCCGGUGAGGCCUUUGUGGUCAGAAAUGUUGCUAACAUUGUUCCACCAUAUGACCAGACAAAAUACGCUGGAGCUGGUUCUGCUAUUGAGUAUGCAGUUCUGCAUCUCAAGGUUUCCGAAAUUGUGGUCAUUGGACACAGUGCUUGUGGUGGUAUUAAGGGACUCUUGUCUUUCCCAUACGAUGGAGCCUAUUCCACUGAUUUUAUUGAGGAGUGGGUCAAAAUUGGCUUACCCGCCAAGACUAAGGUUAAGGCACAACAUGGUGAUGCACCUUUUGCAGAGCAGUGUUUUCACUGUGAGAAGGAAGCAGUGAAUGUUUCACUUGGGAACCUUCUAACAUACCCAUUUGUGAGGGAUGGAUUGGUGAACAAGACACUGGCACUGAAAGGAGGAUACUAUGACUUUGUUAAGGGAUCUUUUGAGCUCUGGGGCCUUCAGUUUGGCCUUUCCUCUUCUUUCUCCGUAUGAACAUCAUCAAUUAUGACCUCAUCUUCUACUUGGUUCCCUAAUUAAGUAAAAGAUGUGGCCACGAUUCUGCAUUGGAAGCUAUAUUAGGGUCAUUCCUGUGUCUGCAAAUGAAGAGGCCUAAGCUAGCUUACUUUGAUUUUCAUCUAUUAUAUAUAUAUGAAAUUGAAAUUAUGAACUAGUUUUAGUUUGGAAACUACCUCUCCUUUAAUAAUAAGAGUUGGAAAUCCUUUUCUAAGGCAAAUAAAAUUUUCAUCAUUUAAUUUGGCCA